AUGCAGGAAUCAGCGCCCUGUGCCCAGCCCCUUCCCCCUGCGGCUCUGGCCACCGUGGUGCUGCCGGCCGUGGCCGCCCUGGCCGCUCCCUUCCCCGCCGGCCGCUGCCCCAUGCUCCCUCCGGAGCACCCGCGCCGGCCCCGGCGCUCGCCCUGGGGGAGGGAUCCCCAGCCGCACCGCGUCCGGGGGCGGCAGAGCCAUGCGGAGCCCUCCCUGCCCGACGCCCCGCGUCGUGGGGGUCCCCGGCUUCGGGGGUUCGGCGUCCCACGGGAUCGGCUCUUUCCCCGCACUUUCCCUGCGGCGCGCACUCCCCGCCGCUCGCUUUGGGAAGAGCGAAGUUGCGCGCACGUGAUCCGCACGUGGACGCGGGAGGCUGUGUUGUUCCUCUCGCCGGGCGGUUGUGCGGAGGAGGCCGUGCCCGGAGCCACCCCGAACCCCGGCGGGGGUGAGCCCUUCCCGGAGCAGCCAGCCCCCAUUUUAGCCUUGGAGCCGGUGCCCAUGCAGGACCCGCUCUGGGCUGGCUCGCCUUGCGUGGCGCAGGGGGAGCAGCACGGGGUCCGCUCCUACCUCCACCUCUUCUACAAGGGCUGCAGCGGGGCCAGCCCCGACGGACGGGGACGGGUCCUCGCCCCACGCAGCCUGGGCCCCCCCUCAUCGGGAAGCCUCUCCUCGGGGACCCUGUUCCUGCUUGUGGGGGCGGCCGCGCUGGCUGCCAGCUCCCUGCUGCCCCCGGAGCCGGAGGGGAUCGGGGAGGAGGAGGUCGUGGUGCUGGAUGUGCAGGCGGUGCGGUGCAACCACGCGCCGGGGACAUGCCGGCGGGCGGGCACAGCGCUGUGCGCGGCGGCGGGUGCCAUCGGGCUCCUCUCCUGUGCGCUGGCCCCGGGAAGAGGAGCAGCAGCUCUUGCCCAUCCCGUGUGGCAGACCCCCAGCCGCAGCCCCCUGCCGCCUUCACCCCGGCAGGGACAGCGGGGCCCUUCGGCGUCUCCCAUGUUCACGGUGUCCAGCCCCGGCGGGACGCCCGAGGCCGGGGAGGUAACGGGGGAUGCCCGGCACGGGGCCAAGCCGCGCUGCAGCCCGGGAGCCGGCUGGAUCACCUGGAGCUGGUUUGCGGCCAGCACUGCGGAGCACCCGGCUCAGUCCCGGCGCGGCCCGGCAAAGCUGCGAUGGCCAGGAGCAGGCACAGGGGGGUCAAACACAGCCGCGGCCCCUACCCUCAGCACGGUGCUGAGCCGUGCCGAGCUGGACCAAGCCGUGCCCAGCCUGCACGGCAGAGCGUGCCAGCGCCCACCCAACGGCACCCGGGAGGGACGCAGGCGUUCGCGCAGGCCACCGCUUCCCCGUUGGUGCUCUUUUUUGGUAAAUAAAAGACCUGUGACGUUUCCUCAUGCGCUGUUCUCUCCAGUUGCCCGGGGCGAGGCCUGGCUGUGCCCGGGAAGAGCGAGGCAGGCGAGAGAUCCCCGCGGGCAGUUCGACCCCUCGGCCGGUGCUGGGCUUGCCGUCCAGGCUCCCGGCAGCGUGCCAGAGCCGGGCAUCACAUUAACGUGGUUACAAGGGCGCGCGGCGCAAGGAACAGUGCUUUGCUGGCUCGCCAGGCUUCCCCCCGCUGCAAAACCUCAGCCCUGCCCGCCCUCCGAGCCCCCCGCACCCUGCGGGCCUCUGCCCGCGCGUCCCUCCCGAAGGCCUUUGAGCGCUAUUGGGAAAAUCGCUGCCAGAGAGGAAGCCACAGGGAACUAA